AUGGCGGCGGGGGCGGCGGGCGGCUGUCGGGAGGCCGUGCGGCUGCGGCGGGGCGGGUCCGGGUCCGAGUCCGGGUCCGGGUCCGGGCGGGACGGGCCGGUGUCCCCGCUGCCCCCGCUGCUGCCGGCGCUGCUGCUGGGGGCCCUGCUGGGGGCCGCCUGCGCCGCGCUGCUCCUCCGCAGCCUCCCACGACGCCUCCGCGCAGCCCUCCGGACCCUCCCACGCGCACAGAAUGAUGACUCUCUGAGACUUCUCAAGGAUCUGGACUCCGACGGACAUGUUUUGGAAACUACCGCAGUACCCUGGAAGGGGAGAAGGGAAAUUAAGAUACCGGAAGAAGACAUAUUACGUGAGGCGGACGAGUCGCCUUUCAACAGCAGCGUCACGGCCUUUGCCCUGAGAGCAAGAGUCGUCUACCCCAUCGAUCAGAAGUUCAGGCCUCUGGCCGACGGCGCGUCCGACCCGUCCCUGGCGGAGGAGGCCGGGGGGGCGGGUCCGCCCCACCGGCCGGCCGACCCGUCUCCGGCCGGCAGCCUCGGCUCCCUCGGCCCCGGACCCGGAGACGACCGCGGCUCCUCCUCCUCCGGCCGCUCGCUGGCCAGCGACGACCGCUUCCCCGACGGAACCUUCCCCCGGGUGGCCUGCUUCCCCGACCUGCUGCUCUGCGAGAGUUUCGACGUAAAUUUAUGUCUCUACGGUCUUCAUUUGAAAAGCCUGUCGCUUUUGGACGCAGACCUGAGACAAGAAAAGCAUGUGAUGUUCAUCCAGAUCUUCAAGAAACACCUUCGUGACGUCUUCCCUGAAAAGAAGACCGGUGAAGAGUUUUACGAAAACAUUCUCUCGAAGCAACAGACGGAUUUGAAGGAAUUGGAAAGGCAACUUCAUUCCAGAUUGUACGACACAGAGAUGUCAGCCGUCGGUAAUUCCGAAUACAACACGCUGGAAGAUAUUGAAAGAAAAGAGAGGGAGUAUGCCGAACAUAUCGUCGAUAAUAUGGAAGCUUUCUGGAAGCAGACAGACAAAGCCCUGCAGGCUCUGCUAGACCCGCCGAAGUGUUCAAGAGACAGAGCGGGAACAAUUGGGAUGAAUUUGACCGAAGGGAUGAUUGCGGCUGAAGGAUUAUUAAGGGAAUCUCAGGACGUGCAGGCAGCGAACAUCCAAGCCCGAACGGUGAAUUGGGAGCACAUGGCGAGAACCAUCGAAUCCGCGAAGUCGCAGCUGCAGGACGAGACGAAGUGCAGACUGAGUGUGGUUUCCCAAACGUUGGAGGCUCUGGCUGUAGAAGGGAAGCUCUCUGUUAGCCACAAGGAAGAACUCCUGACCGGACUGCACAAAGCCUUUUGGGAAGAAGUCUCCCGUUUCAAGAGUGAGUUCGACCGGCGAGGGAAGGACCUGAUCGGGAAACGCCUGGCCGACCGCGCCGCGGCGAUGGAAGAGCUGACGGCGGCCCAGGGAGAGGAACGGGAGACUCUCCUCGGCGAGGGUCGGCACGCGGAGGACUCACACAGAUGGCUCGAGGCUCUCCAUGAAUUAUGGGAGAAGCAGAGAGUGAGUCGCUUUGAUCUGGAAGAAGAAGAGGACCGUAAAGCCACGGAUGCCGUUGCUGAGCUGUGCCAGGAACUGCGUGAUAACGCCUUAUGCGUCUUUAAGAAUUUGGAAGAGGAGUUGUUUCUUCAAACCCUCCCAGGGGGAACUGCUAUUUCCCUGGGAGAAUGUGAAUACCUGAAACAAGAGACGGAGCAGAAUUCCAACCUCGAGCUGGAGAAAUUAGAUCGUUUCCGAAAAAGCCGGUGGAGACUCUUUCAAGAACUCCUUGAAGAGGAAAAGCAGUUCUGGGCAAAGGAGUCGGCGGUAUCCGCCCUGAUGCAAAAGCACAUCUCAGAGAAACAUGAGAAUAUCAUCCGUGGCGUGUUAGACCGAUUAGAUGGUCUCAGUGAAGACUCUAGCCGGUCCCUCCUGCGGAAACACAGACUGCUGCUCUGCUCGGCGGUGAGGAGGCUGAGUCUUCGCCACGGGGCCCUGGCCACCAUCACGCAGAUGCAGGUGUGCCGCAAGAAGAGGCUGCUCCGGGAGCUGAGGGAGAAUCACAUCCUCCAGAAGACGUCCUCCCCCUGUCAGGACGAGCGCCAGUGGCAGCUCCUCAGGGCAAUGGAGUCUCGGAUCCUGGAGGAAGGCGACGACCUGGAGGAGGAGACCCAGGACGCGCGGCUGGAGUUGCACCGGCAGUCCGUCGUGGAACUGCGAGAAUCCUUUCUGCUCUUGCAGCGUCACAUGGAGCCGGAGAUCGGGCGAGCCCUGCUCCGGAGCGCCCGCAGCCACGGGGGCGAGGCGAGGGGCCCGGAAGGGGAGGAUCCGAAGGCGCUCUUGGUCGAAGAAGCCGUAGAAAGCGUCUAUGUCACCGGCGCGGGGGUCAGCGGGCUCGUGCAGGAUUACUACCUGCAAAUUGGAAAAAUCAUGCAGCUCCACGAAGAAAAAAAACUCCAGAAGCUAAAGGCGUUACAAGUCGAAAGAACCGAAAACUAUAAACUCAGGAAAAAGAAAGGACCGCGGGACGCUUCCCCCAGACAGAAAGGAACCGGAGACUCUUCCGCUGUUUCCCGGACAGUCCGUGAGAGACUUUUGUUUCAGCAGAAAAAAGUCCUAGCCCCAUUUGGCGUCCAUCAGCAGGCGCGUCUGGAUUCCUUGAAGCGGACGACGGCGGAGAUGGAUCGUUUGGGAGCCGAGCUGGAGAGCCGGCUGAAGGAUGCGGAACAGGCCUUCGUGGCCGAACUGGCAGCCCUGGCUCGCGUUCCCAUCGCGCCCACUCGGAGGCCGGAGUCAGAUUCUGCAGAGAGAGCCGUAAAAAGCCGAAGGAGGAAGACCCGGCCCGGACACCGAGAUGAACCGCCCGCCGACGCCCCUGACCUUCCGCCCGGAGGGCCCGCCGCGGAAUCGCUUGGGCAAUCUCAGAGCCAGCCUGAAAGCCAAGUCGGUGACGUGGAGAAGCCCACGAAGUUACUGAAGAGAAGGAGCAACGUGUAGACCGGGCGUGGCCUCCUAAAGCCCGGGGGCUUCUGGAAGACGGACGUGGCGCCUUCUUCGUAGAGUUGACCGUGGAGCAGACAGCGGCCGGCGGGCUGGGCCCACCCUCCGGGAGUGGAGGGAAUACGAUGCCGUAAUCCCGGGAUCCACUGUGCGUCCCGAUCCGCUGGGUCCCCGGAGAACGGAUUCGGGACCGGGUUUGGGGCUGGGAGGACUGAGUGCUGUCUGCCAGAAGGAGGCACAGAUUUAAAAGGGAGCCAUAAUAAUAAUAACAAUAAUAAUAAUACUAAGUAUUUACUCUGUAGCAUGGCCUUCUGGAAAGAUC